GGCAACACUGCAGUAGAAUUAAUUUUUUUCCGCAAGAUGAUGGACUUGCAGUCCAACGACGACAUCGAUUUGGAAGAUGGAGAGCUGUCAGCAAGUGGUGACGAUGAGAUCUAUACGCCGCUGCAACGGCCGGCGCCCACAAGCACAACUACAACUGCAACAACAACCACAAGUAAACCUGCUGCAAUGGUCGCCGAUAGCGUUGAGAGUCCGCUUGCAACAUGCCACCAGAUACAGAGCGCCCUGGAUGAUGAGUCACAGUCCAACAGCGAGUCCUCGUCGGGUGAAUCCUCUGAGGAGGGUUGCAUUAAAAAGCUGCGCACCGACGCCGCCUCCACAGCCGGCAGUCAUAAAAAGCGUCGCAGGCGCAUCAAGCGCACCGUUAUGAUCCGGGUACCACCGCCCACAGACGCCGAAUCGAAUCGGGCACGCUUCAAGAAAUACAAUGUGUGGACGGCCGCACUGCAGGAGGAUGCACUGAGCGAAAAUAUGCGUGGUUGCGAUGUAACGCGCAGCAGCAGCGAUCGCAAUGUGGAAAACUAUGAUUUCCCCCAAAAGUAUCUAAUGAACGGAGAGAACACGUUAAAGCGUCGUCUGUCGAAUUCCUCGGACGAGGGAGCUUCACAUCCAGCCAAUAAAAGAGGACGCCAGUGCUUCCGCCUUGCCAUGGACUGUGAAAGGGAAAGGUUUCCGAUUAAAAGCCGCAUUGGUCAACGUUCGCGUUCACGUCGUGGAAACUCAUCUACCAGCGGAUCGUCGGACAACUCGAGUGAACCGCGACAUAUACUCGACUUAAAAGAUACGGGCGGACGUGAUCCGUCCGAUGUGGCCAGGGAAAUGGCCAACAAACUCUACGAGGAGAAGGACGAACUUUUAGUGCGAGUUGUUAAGGUUCUUGGUUUGGAUGUGCCUUUGGAACUAUAUAAGGAAACUCAACGCAUUGAAGCCGACGGUGGCAUGAUGAUCAAAAAUGGCAGACGCCGACGUACGCCAGGCGGUGUAUUUCUAUUUCUGCUGAAGCACCACGAUAAUAUAACGCCAGCGCAACAAAAGUCAAUUUUUACUGAGGAGCGUCAGAAUGACAACAAAUCCCGUAAGCAGAUUGAAUCAUUGAUACGUGAUCGUAAGGUGGAGGAACUCAAGAAAUGUCUGAGCGAAAAGAGCACCGAAUUGCCUUUACUAAUUACACGCAAGGAGCACUAUAUGCAAGGCGCUGAGUCCAUUGAUCAAAAUCAACCUGGCAGCUUAUCCAAUCCGCCGCCUUCGCCUGUUGGCCAGGAACAGAGCAGCCCCGAAUAUAAGACACACGAAAUAAACAUUAAUCUCGUUGAUAGCACCGAUCUACCCUCAACAUCAAAAGCAGCUUUGACCUCGGGCCUUAAGCAGAUGAUUAGCUAUGAUGAUGAUAUUUUGGAUGUUAAUUGCGGUGAAAUGGACCUUUUCUAAGCAAACGAACGCAAAGCGUUUUCAAUGCGGGCGGGGUCAGUCAUAUGUUUAUAUUAAAAAAAUAUAUAAUAUAUUUGUGGCGAUAAUUUUUACAUCCCCCUAGCUAGACCCAUGUACAUCUAAAUAAAUGAAUAGCGGUUAAGAUUUUUUA